CACACGUGCUUACCGCUCGUCGCGGCGCCUGCGCGGUAGCAGCCUGGAGUCGGUGCCCUUAGGACCGUCGCUUGUCGCCCCUUGACUCCCGCUGUCCGCGCGAGCCGGUUUGUGCUCAGCGUCCUGUGCACAUCCUUGCAAGCGACGGCGCCAUGAGUACGACUUCCAGCGUACGAGUCCACUCGAGGCUGGGAAUAGACAACUCUCUUCUGAGGCUGAGGCCAAGGCCAACCAGACUAUGCAACAUUCUCUUCUCUCCAGAAUUCUCUGGAACUGGGUUGAGUGGAUCGCAGCGGUUACCAUUGCUGCUGGGACAGCUGCAAUUGGUUAUCUAGCUUACAAAAGAUUUUAUGUUAAAGAUCAUCGCAACAAAUCUAUGGUAAACCCUCACAUCCAGAAAGACAACCCCAAGGUAGUACAUGCUUUUGACAUGGAGGAUUUGGGAGAUAAAGCUGUGUACUGCCGCUGUUGGAGGUCCAAAAAGUUCCCACUCUGUGAUGGAUCGCACAUAAAACACAAUGAAGAAACUGGCGACAACGUGGGACCUCUGAUCAUUAAGAAAAAAGACACUUAAAUGGACACUUUGGAUGCUGCAAACCAACUUGUCCUGAUGUUUCCUGAUUGUUUACUUAGAAUGAUUCACUUCCCCUGGGUUCUAGAUGUGGUACAUUGCAAACUACAGCUUUCAUAUUCAAGGCAUUUGCCUUACUUGUUGAACCAUCGUGGUGCACAUUUUGUUUAAACAAAAAAAAAGGAAAAAGUAAAAACCAAUCUCAUGGCCUUUGGGUUA